UUAGGUGGUGAAUUUAUAAGAUACUUUGAAGUGGAAAAAGGUUGAGAGAAAGCUAUGAUACUAAGCUUAAGCAUUGCCCAGUAAAGAAUGCCCGGGCAUUCCUUUAGUGGCUCGUGCAACCUCCUCCUAUUUAAGAAGCACAGAUCAGAUGUGCCGAGAAGAGUCCCGUCUGCAUUUAUCUGUAGAAGAGGAAAUUGCUGCUGAAGAAAGUUUAUCUAUUUAUUGCAAGCCUGUAGAACUCUAUAACAUUCUUCAAAGACGUGCUGUAAGAAAUCCAUCAUUUCUUCAAAGAUGUUUGUGGUACAAAAUUCAGGCAAAACACAAGAUGAGAAUACAAACGACACUAUCCAUAUCAGGGAUUGUGAAUGAAGUUGUGCUAACUCAAAGUCUUUUUCCUCUAUACAUCUUGUUGGCGAGGCUAGUUUCUGAUGUUGCCGUUCCAGAGUAUUCUGCAGUUUAUCGUUUUCGUCAGGCAUGUAUCUUGACUAGCUUCACUGGCAUUGAGGGCAGUAAUCAGGCUCAAGCAAAUUUUAUUUUCCCUGAGAUUAAUAAGCUAGCUAUGGAGGCCAAAUCUGGCUCGCUUGCCAUUUUGCUUGUUAGCUUUGCAAAUGGAGGAUGCUGCCUAUGGGGUAGGAUACCAUUGGAAUCACUCUAUUUUUCAUUGGAGAAAUCCCCAAACUUGAGUUUGGGACAAAGAGCUGAGAUGAUAUUACCUGUUGACAUGCAUUCUUGUUUAUUGAAGUUGAAUUGUUUGAAUGAGGACAAUUGCAUCUUAAUCCAAAGUUCCAGCAAUUCUUUGUCAAUGAACCAAUCACUGCAGCUGCAGGUCAUCAUUUCUGCUGAGGAAGUUGGGGCAAAGGAAAAAUCUCCCUAUAAUUCAUACACAUUCAAUGGCAUUUCUUCUUCAUCACUGUCUCAUAUUAUUUGGUUGAGAGCAGGGAAUGUCAUCUUUAAUUAUAGAUAUUACAACAACAAGUUACAGAGGACUGAAGAUUGUUCCAGAUGGUGUGUUGAUCCUAAGCAACAGACCUUUUUCUUUUGCUCCAAGCAAUUAAGGCGUAGACGACUGAAGAGCCUAGUUCAAAAUGCAAGGCAUGUACAUCCUGUUUUCUUAGAGUCAAAUCUGCUGGCAGGAGGCUGUAAGCUUCUUGGCAAAGCUCCUGGCGGAAACUUUUUACAAAAUCCUAGAGUUGGUGCUUUGGAGUGUGCGCAGCAUCUUCCAUCCAGUUUCAAUGUUGCAGGCGUUUCAGGUGCUGCAGGACAAUCAUAUUCUGAUUCUGAACGUUUUCUGUCAGUGUCUGGAAACAAUCUUGCACCCCCUGCCUUGUUGCAAUUUGCAAAGACAAGAAAAAUAUCGAUGGAACAAUCUGAUCCAAGGAACUGUACAAUCCUUCAGAAGCGACAGUUUUUUCACUCACACAGAGCACAGCCAAUGGCAAUAGAUCAAGUAAUGUCUGACAGAGACAGUGAGGAUGAGGUUGAUGAUGAUGUUGCAGAUUUUGAAGAUCGAAGGAUGCUUGAUGACUUCGUAGAUGUAACCAAACAUGAGAAGCAAAUAAUGCAUUUCUGGAACUCGUUUGUGAGGAAGCAAAGGGUGUUGGCAGAUGGUCAUAUACCAUGGCGUGGUGAACCAUUUUCAAAAUUACAUGGGCGUGACCUUGUCUGUUUUUGA